AUGAGCAACCGAACGCCACCGUCAUUUACGAGGACACCUAGUCGCCGCUAUCAGAGGAGGAUCGUCGAAGGAGCCAACGAUAAUCAAACUUUCGGAGAUGAAUACAAGACCAGAGACGAAUUGAUGCUAUUGUCGUCAUCGUCGUCGUUGAAACCGCAAGACAAGCUGAAAAACUGUUCCAACCCUCAACUUCCUGUCCACACCAUGUACGUGCCGAACCGGAGCGAUUCGCCAAGGAGCACCAGAAGUGCACCGUGGGGAGUGUGGUCGAGCGCUCCUACCCGGGGCCUGUACUCGAGCAGCUCGCCGAGGAGUGUCCGAUCCGGUCCGCAUCAGAUCAUGCGCCACGCCCGCAGGUCGUCCAGCGUGGAUAGCCAGAGCUCCAACGACUCGAGAUCGUGUCGCAAGCACAGACACCGCAACAAUAGACGGUCCUCGGAUAACGAGAGCGAACAGUCGGGCCGGUCGGGAAAAUCGCACCGGAAGCACAGGCACCGGAGCCGGAAGUCGUCGGAGGGCGACGACCACGAGCACAGGCGGCACAGGUAUCAGCUUGUGGAGUCUGAGGGUCAGUGGCGGGAAGUGCAGCGGAGACAGGCUGAAGGCAGGUCAGCUAUACAAAAGGCGUCAGUGGUUCGGCCACGGUCGGGCUACGCGAACAGCGGGCUGGAGUCCGAGAGCGAGAUUUCUCACCAUUCGUCGUCGUACCGGAGACGGAAACACCGGAAACACAGGUCGCGGUCCAGGUCGCCGUCGGAAAGCAGCAGCAAGACGCGUCUGCCGGAGGAGCUCAAAAAGCAUUUGGAGUUCGAACUGGUCGAAACGGACGGCAUGACCGAGGAACAGCUGCGAGAAAUACCGUACACGGCGGUGAAAACAUCCCUGAAAACCAAUAACUCGUCGCCUCCUCUGUCGUCCAAACGGAAAACCUAUUCGUCCCGGAGAGCCAAAAGUUGUUCGCUAAAAGACUCUACCGUGCCGGAAGCCGGCGACAGUCCUCCGCCGCCGUAUAGCGAAGGCCCGGCCGAUAAAUGUUCCACUGCCGCAGCCGUCUCCAUGCCCAGUUCGAAAAGCGCAAAUCAGUUACCAAGAACGCAGCCACCCAACCAAAGCGGACCGACGGCGACGUCGACGAGGACGUCUGCUGACCCAAAUUACAGGGCCACUUGUUCUGCGCUGUACGCCAACCCGUCGGCGUUGCAUGUGGGCUCGGCAAACAGCUAUCAUCAUUCUAGUCACGACCAGCGGAACCUUAUGAACCAUUCCCGGUGGUUACACGAUCUCGAGCAGAAAGACAACGCACACAACAGGAGGACAGAAAAUAUGAUGCGAGACUUCCCUUACAAUUCAGCCAGGUCGUCGGCAAAUGGGAACAGCGCCGAACGACCCUCUACGAACCCGGCCAAGUCGACACCGCCGCCGUGGUCUAGUCAAGAAAUUCGUGGCACCCUGGGUGGUGGUGGUGUUCCAUGGCAGUGCGUCCCGGACCGCGUAUACCCGGUUAGCGGUUACGGCCCACCCAAAAAUAUCAACCAGGCGGCGUACCAGAACCGGAGCAACAACAAUCCGGAAACGUGCGCGACGUCGGCUUUGGUUGACACAAAUCGGAACAGCGCGAUGAUCGCGAUGACGACGACAACCGAUGACGCCAAGUCUACAGCCGCCACCACUUCGGCUGUGGCAGGUCAGUCAAUCAAGUCCAGCAAGUCUUUCGAGAGCGGCGUGCUAGGGCAGCACGCCAACACUCCCAACGGCGUCAUACCGUGGCCGGGUGACAGAGGAAAACAAAGACCGUCGCACCAGUGGGACCACCAUAAUGGUACGUCGUCAUCGUCGUCGCCACAUCACCACCUCCACCAUCAGCAGCAGAACCACCAUCAACAGCAGCAGAACCAACAACAACAGCAGCACCAACAGCAGCCGAAUCACACACAACAGCAGCACAACGGAUCGUCCUCAUACGGAGUCGGAGGUGGUGGUGGUGGUGGUGAUAUAUUGUACCUGGGAAACAGGUCCUCGGGGGUGCGCACUUCUUCCAGGGGUGGUCCGACGUACUUUUCGCCACAACACAACCACGUGGACAGACUGUCGAACUCUGAACUGAGGUCGUCGGCCAGCCUAGAGGAGAUCCUUUCGCCGAUCCUGCAGAGCAAACUGACCACGUGUGAGUAUAACUUUACUAUACGCGAAUACGAAAAACGCAAUACCGAGACAAUAGUAUAUUAUAUUAUAUAA